AUGGCGAAGCUGCACCGGCUCAUCUCCGCCGUGCUGAGGCUGGCUGCAGCGGGAGGCGCGGCGGCCGCAGCCAUAAUCAUGGUGACCAGCCACGAGACCACCAGCUUCUUCGGCAUAGAGAUGGAGGCCAAGUACUCGUACACCCCAUCAUUCGUCUUCUUCGUGGUGGCAUUCGCUGUGGCUUUCGCCUACAGCCUGCUCGCCCUCCUCGUGCGCCCGGGGAGCACCGCCUCCAGAUUACUGCUCCUAAGCGACGUGAUGGUAGGGAUGCUGCUGACGGGCGCUGUGGCGGCCACCGGCGCGAUCUCUCAAGUCGGGAAGAGCGGCAACGAGCACGCCGGGUGGCUGCCCAUCUGCGCGCAGGUGCAGGCCUACUGCAGCCACGUGACGGGGGCGCUCAUCGCUGGCUUCGUCUCGCUGCUCCUCUACUUCCUCAUCAUCAUGUACUCCCUCCACGCCGUGGCCGAACCCCUCUGCUCCUGCCAUUAG